AUGGACAACACCAGAAACAUACAAAAAAUUCGACACUAUAAUAAAAAAAAGGAGGGACAACCGGGAGACACCCUGACGGAAUUAAAAAAGGUUAUUAAAGCUAAAAACAUAGAGGGAACACAAAUUAGACACACACGGACAGCAAUAGUACUGACUUCACAAACCAAGGACAAACAGGACGAAAUUUUUAGACGUACACAAACCUCCACAAAACUGAACAUUAAAGACAGAACCAGACAUAACGAGCCGACAAUCAUAUUGACAGGUAUAAGAAAAGUACUCACACAUGACGAAAUCACGGACGAACUAAAACUCGAUAACUACAACCUAGACAACCUUUUUGGAGAUAGACUAAAAUUAUUGACGAUAGUAUCAACGAGACCAUGCAGGAACCCUUACAAGGAGAACGUGUACAUACGAGGACCACUUGACAUAAUUAAAUACUUAUUGAAAUCAGAAAAAAUCUACCUAGACUUCCAGACAAUUUACGUAAACGAGGCAACUCAACUGGCACUCUGUUUCAGAUACUGCCGCUACGGGCAUGUAGCCAAACAUUGUAAAGAAACGACGCCCACAUGUUACAAAUGCAGGGACGGGCACGACGGAAAUACAUGCGACAAGGACCUAGACAAAUACAAUUGUAUAAACUGCGAACGAUUACGACUGACACCACGUAGACAUCAAGCCAGAGACACAAACUGCCCGAUAUACACAAGAAAACUGGACGAAGCAAGGGCACAAACACAAUACAACUAA